CUGCCGCCCCACCCCCUCCAUGGCGCUCCGGUUCGAGGUAUUAGGAAGAUUUAAUCGUGCUCGUGCAGCUCGGUUAACUCUGCCACACUUUACUUGCCAAACACCACUUUUUAUGCCUGUUGGAACCCAAGGUACAAUAAAAGGCUUGACUACAGACCAGUUAGAGGCCAUAGGUUGCCAGAUUAUACUUGGAAAUACCUAUCACCUUGAACUUCGUCCAGGCUCUCAACUUAUUGAUGACUUGGGUGGCCUUCACAAGUUUAUGAAUUGGAAAAGGGCAUUGUUGACUGACUCUGGUGGUUUCCAAAUGGUCUCUUUGCUGCAUUUAGCUGACAUUACUGAGGAAGGAGUUACAUUUCAGUCACCUGUUGAUGGGAAACCCAUGCUCCUGACACCUGAGGAGUCAAUACAUAUUCAGAACAACAUUGGAGCUGAUAUAAUCAUGGCUCUUGACGAUGUUGUGAAGACCACAAUUACUGGCCCAAGGAUAGAGGAAGCUAUGUAUCGUACCCUUCGUUGGAUUGAUAGGUGCAUAUCUGCUCACAAGAAACCUGAUGUCCAAAAUUUAUUUGGGAUUGUUCAAGGAGGAUUAGAUCCAGUUCUUAGAGAUAUUUGCGUGAGGGGCUUGGUGGAGCGGAACCUUCCUGGAUAUGCUAUUGGUGGUCUUGCAGGUGGUGAAGAUAAAGAUUCGUUCUGGCGUGUUGUUGCCCAGUGCACUGCUGGAUUGCCUGAGGAUAAACCCCGAUAUGUUAUGGGUGUUGGCUAUCCACUUGAUAUUGUAGUAUGCAGUGCUUUGGGUGCAGAUAUGUAUGACUGUGUCUAUCCAACACGCACUGCUCGCUUUGGGACUGCACUUGUGCCUGAGGGUGUUCUGAAGUUGAAACAAAACGCAAUGGCAACUGAUGAGCGGCCAAUUGAUCCUUCAUGUCCGUGCAUGGUCUGCAAAAAUUAUACACGUGCUUACUUGCAUUGCCUCGUCACAAAAGAUCCUAUGGGUUCUCAACUGCUGUCAUAUCAUAAUCUAUCUUUUAUGAUGCGGUUAAGUAGAGAUCUCCAUAUGUCAAUUCUUGAAGGAAGAUUUCCAGAAUUUGUGAGAGGAUUCUUGAGGGUGCAGUUCCCAAAGGGCGACGUGCCAAAGUGGGUUCACAAUGCGAUGGAGGUUGCCGGCAUUGACAUAUCAGAGUGCUGCACUCCCACCAAUUGUCAGCAUGAUGCCAUGGAGGAUACUGGCGUCGACAUAUCGGAGUUGUGCCCACCGACCAAAUGUCCCUGACGCGGAACAUUCAGGGGCUAUCUUUACAAAUACCACGGUGCCAGUUGAUGGCAGGAAGGGCGGUCGCACGAAAGUGAUCCCUCAUAUUUAACAUGACAAGUUUUCACCAGGUUUUUUUAGCCAUAGACGUAGGCCUCGCUCUCAUUGCUUCAGCAUAGAAUUUUCCAAUAGUAUGCUGAGACUAGCUGAUAGGUUUUGAUAGCUACGAAGAUUGAGUGUCUCUUAUAGAUUGCAGCUGGGAAUUUUCCCACGAAAGAUGUUGUCGAUGGCUGGAUGUAUUGUCAUUUUGUGGUUUGCAAGCAGCUGCAGAAUAUGUUUACUGUGUUAAGGACAGUCUAGGGUAGUUGUAAAAGCA